AUGAUACAUAUAGACAACGAGCACCCCCCGCCCGAGCAGCAGCCAAAAAGACGCAGGAUGAUGCCGGACCACGCAAACAAACGAUUCUCCUCGCCAGCAGCCAUCAGCUUUGUGCCGCACAUGGGCCUUCCCAUACCUAUGAGCACGCCAGACCUCUCCCUCUCCGCCCGCGCACACCUGCACACAUUCGAAACCGCCUGCCGAGAAGGCAACCUGCCCGCCGUCAUGGCCGUCACGCUCUCCGACGCCCGCACCCCCGAGCUCCUCCACCACGGCCUCAUGCUCGCGCUCGCAGCAGGCCACGUCGAAAUAACACACCACCUUCUUGCAAACGGCGCCUUCAUCGACCGCCGCACGCCCGUGCAAAUCCUGUCUGCCCCGGAAGCCGUCCAAGUCCCGCUCUUCGACCUCCUCGCCCAGCACGGCUGGACGCCCGGCGAGCUCGGCGCCGUGCUGCUCCCGCGCGUCGUCACUAAUCUCCCUCUGCUGAACUGGUUCCUGCUGCAUGGCGUGGACCCGAAUCUCGGGACGGCCGCGGGGGAUGUAGCCAACGACCCGAACCCACGGUCUUGUGCAGCGCUGGAAGCUGCGUCUGCGCGGGGAGAGGUCGAGGCGGUGCGGCUGCUGCUGGAUGCCGGGGCGGAGAUCCACUAUGGGACGCCGUUGCAUUUUGCGGCGGGGGCGUGUUCGCCGGGGAUUUCGCCGCGGAGCGUGACGACAAAGGAGUUUGAUGCGAGUCGCAUUCCGGUGAUGGCGCUGCUGGUGGAGAGGGGCGCGGAUGUGAAUCAGAAGGGAGAGUCGAGGGUCGUUGUGCACCAUCCCAUCAUGUAUGCAGCUAUGGCCGGUGCUGUUGAGCGGGUGAGGUGGUUGGUAGAUCAGGGGGCUGAUCCGGAGGCCAAGGGGGCCUGGGGAAGUGCAGCCGAGUAUGUUGCUAUGAUUGGGAGUGAUGAGAUGAGGAGUAUCGUGCAGCGGGGGAUUGAGAGGAAGCAGCGGUCGAGGAUCUCGCGUCAGAGCUUUGCUAUUCGCCCGAAAUCGGUCGUGAGGUAG